AUGCUCAUGACCCGUACUAAAUUCGGGUCCUCUGGAGAGUUCAAAGACCAGGACCAGGAGACCUCUUGCACCUCCUUGAGACUUCGCUUGAACCUCCUUCGUGGACGAGUUUGCUUGAGUUGGGCGGGUGGCACUGACACACAGGAGAUAGGUAGCUUUCAGCAGUGCGGUGAGCAGGUUGCUGCAUCCUGCUUCCAUGGCUUCUCAGAAUUGCAAAACAAAGUCGACCUCUUUGGGCUCACCGGCAUGAGGACAACGCUUUGGAAGAUCGAAGCUGAUGGUGGGCGGCUGGGGCCACAGCUGGAUGCAGUGGGUUUGGCCUGCAACCCUUUACUUGGCAGCUUGUGGGUGCUCUAUGCGGAUCGCUCCCUGUCCUACUUCUCUGAGCCGCUGGCGUCGCGCGAUGCUUGUUGGACCCUUCCAGGAGCCAUUAGUGAUCUUCGUUCGGCUCAAGGGUUGCCAGGUCACGUUCUAACAAAGGUGGUGACCUAUUCUCCAACCAGCAUCCAGUUAUGGAGCAGUCAACUCCAAGGGGACCUGCGCCUGGAGGCACAAAGUGAACCCGCACAUGAGCUCUCAACCGUUGCCGUAUCCCCUUGGUUGGUGGCUUGUGGCCUCAGCAACGGCGAGGUGCGGCUCUUUGCCGCCUUGCAUGGGCUGGCCGAGCUGGGACCACUGCCAAUGCGACAUGGUGCAGAAGUCUUGUCCCUGAGUUUUGGGCACUGGAAACCUGCAAGCUUGCGACCCAUCAUCCUGGCGUCAGUGUCCUCAGACCGGAGCAUCUUGGUCUUCAGCAUCGAAGUUCAGGGCGAAUCUGGUCUCAACAGCAGCCAGGCCAGCUUAUUGCUUCAUUUGCAGCACCAUUCGGGGCCAGUGCACCACGUGUCUCUGCUGGCAUCUCCCAGUGCCCCUGGCAGCGAAGUCUUCCGCAUGGUGGUCUGCACAGCUGACCAACUGAUUUGGCGUGAGCUGGAGUACAAGGACGGCUUCACCACAGUGCACAAAUGUGCACGCCAGCAAGCCUGCCGUGGUUCCAGAUGGGUCGGUUCUUGUGCAGAUACACAGCGGGGCAUUUUCUUCGCAGCGUGUAGCAAUCGACGGCUUCUCCAAUUGGAUCCAGCUGGCCGCAGAGUUCAGGAGAUGCGUGUGGCUGGAGGGAAUUCAGCACCUUGGCAGCAGACCAGUGCAUUUCUUUCCUCCAUUUUGUUUUUUCCACAAUACAAACAGUGUGAUCAAAUGGUUUUAGGCCUUUGCAACCUCAAUAGACAUUUUCCAGGCCAUGAGGAUCCAUGGACAAUUAUGCAUAUGACUUCUGCUUGA